AUGGUUGUCCUGAAUCCAGUGACUUUGGGAAUCUAUCUGCAGCUUUUCUUCCGCUUUAUCGUGUCUCAGCCUACUUUCAUCAACAGCGUCCUCCCAAUUUCAGCAGCUCUUCCCGGCCUGGAUCAGAAGAAGCGUGGCAGCCACAGAGCAUGCUGCCUCCUGACGCCCCCUCCACCCCCGCUGUUCCCACCACCAUUCUUCAGAGGAGGCCGAAGCCUGCUUCUCUCCCCAGACAUGAAGAAUUUCAUCCUGGAACUGGAGACCACACAGUCCUCAUGUGUGCAAGGAUCACUCGGCUCCCCUGGGCCCCCUGGCCCCCAGGGUCCACCAGGACUUCCUGGCAAGAUAGGACCAAAGGGAGAAAAGGGGGAGCUUGGCCUACCAGGAAGAAAGGGUAGACCUGGCCCCCCGGGUGUUCCUGGCAUGCCUGGGCCAGUCGGCCCUGAAGGACCCAGGGGUGAAAAAGGUGACCUGGGUGUGAUGGGCUUGCCAGGGUCAAGAGGACCAAUGGGCUUCAAGGGCUACCCUGGAUCCAGAGGGGAAAAGGGAUCCAGAGGUGAAAGGGGUGACUUGGGUCCCAAAGGAGAAAAGGGUUUCCCGGGAUUUCCUGGAAUGUUGGGGCAGAAAGGUGAAAUGGGUCCAAAGGGUGAGCCUGGGAUAGCAGGACACAGGGGACCCAGAGGAAGACCAGGAAAACGAGGCAAGCAGGGGCAGAAGGGAGAUAGUGGAGUAAUGGGCCCACCAGGCAAGCCUGGGCCUUCUGGUCAACCUGGCCGUCCAGGUCCCCCAGGCCCCCCGGGCCCCCCAUCCGCAGGACAACUUGUGAUGGGACCCAAAGGGGACAGAGGAUUUCCCGGGCCUCCAGGAAGUUGUCUUUGUGGAACCCCUACGAAUGUGAAUAACCCCUCCUACAGGGAAUCCAUGUAUGGGUCCAGCUCCCCUCAUGUUCCUGUGAUUUUUGUGGUCAACAACCAGGAGGAGCUCGAGAGGCUGAACACCCAAAACGCCAUUGCCUUCCGCAAAGAUCAGAGAUCUCUGUACUUCAAGGACAGCCUUGGCUGGCUCCCCAUCCAGGUGACCCCUUUCCACCCUGUGGACUAUACUGUGGACCACCGUGGCUCCUGCGGGGAUGGAGUCCUGCAGCCCGGGGAGGAGUGUGAUGACGGAAAUGAUGACGUGGGUGACAGCUGCAUCAGCUGUCACCGGGCCUACUGUGGAGAUGGUCACCAGCACAAGGGAGUGGAGGACUGCGACGGCUCUGACUUUGGCCACCUGACCUGCGAGACCUAUCUCCCUGGGUCAUAUGGGGACCUGCAGUGCACCCCCUACUGCUACAUCGACUCCACAUCCUGCCGCUACUUCACGUGA